AUGGCAGAGACUGUACAGGCUGCGAAUAAGAUUAUUGAGCAAGGACAUGUCAGAGUGGGCACAGAGACGAUCACGGAUACGGCAUUUCUAGUUACGAGAAGUAUGGAAGAUUUCGUUACCUGGGUGGAUGGUUCGAAGAUCAAGCGAAACAUCUUGAAAUAUAGAGAGAAGUUGGAUGAUUUCGAUUUACUGUGA